AUGGAGGGUUCUUCGCAUCCGUCCUUCUUCCCCCUCAACGCCAAGACUGCCGCCGACUACUCGUCGUCCGAGUCGGAUUCCGAUGAUCCUACCGUUCCUGGGCUCGAUGGCGACGACAACGACUUUGGGGACUUCAAUCCCCGCAAGAAGAGGCGUGUCGGUGGAAACAGCAAAGAGAAGGCCGCACUGGGCAUCUUUGGCUCCGAUAGCGACGACGACAAUCCCAACGCGCGCUGGAAGAGAAAGACACUGAGGAGCAAAGGCGUCAGCUUUGUAUCGACUGCUGCCGAGGGCGCUGGGCAAGAUGCGAGCAGCGAAUCGGAAGACGAACCACGGCCUUUGGGCAUUGGAAUGAAUAGUCGUGAUGAGGACGAAGACGAAGACGACGACGAUGAGGAGGAUGGCGACAGACCCGCUGGACUCGGACUCGGUAACGCGGCCCAGCAAUUGCGCUUCACAGCUGGCGAACGAUUCCGCAAAUCGAAUGCGCCGAAGGAGUCGAACACACAGCCAUCCUUCAAGACAAAUUUCAGCUCCGGCGGCGUCCUCGGCGGUGGCUUCGUUCCCUCGUCUGCCACGGAGCCCGUACUGAAGGAGACGAAGAAUGGCGACGAAACUCCGCGAAAUAAGCCUCAAGUAAGCGCUUUCAGCUCGAAAGGCAAAAUCAACACCAAGUCGUUUGGUGCGCGAAUGAUGGCCAAGAUGGGCUACGUUGAGGGCAAGGGUCUUGGCAAGGAGGGCGAAGGACGAAACAUCAUCAUCGAAGCCAACCUUCGACCCCAGGGCAUAGGUCUCGGCGCCGUAAAGGAAAAAACAGAGCAGGAGCGCCAGGAGGAGAAGAGACAGGCGCGGCUACGAGGCGAGGAGGUUGUCGACUCGGAAGAGGAAGAAAAGGAGCGCAGGAAAGCCAAGAAGAAGGCCCGAGGAGCCGUGGCCUACAGCAGUACGGGAAGUACCCCAAUGCGGCAGAGGACGAAGUAUCUUACGGCCGAUGAAAUCAAGAAGAAGGCACCCGGCUUAAACAUUCCGGAGGCUUUUGCCCCCAUUCUCGACAUGACCGGCCCUGGAGGCAAGCUGCUUACGUCGACGAGCGGCAUCAUGACGCCGUCAUCCGGUGUGCCUGAAUCGGCCGAACUGAUUGAGGCGAGAAAGCUGGCCCAACGCGCGCAGACAGACUUGCUAGCUUUCUCGGAAGAGUGGAGGAGCCUAGAGUCACGCAAGACGUGGGUGAAUCUGGAGCUCAAGCAGAGGGAGCAAGAGAUUGAAGAUCUGCGGUCCGAUUUCGAGAGACUUAAAACGUUUGCCAACGUUGUGUCUGAGCAGCUUGUUGACGCGACGGAGUGGGAGCAGGUCAUGAGUGCUCUCCAGACAGCUGUUGACGCCGGGUCAGCGAGCGAUGCCAUCGCUGACAUCGCGGUAGCCGCUAUACAUCCUUUUCUACGCAGCGCCGACUGGGACCCAAUGACGGAACCGUCUCGAUUCGCAUCGGACCUGCAGAAGCUGUCGGGUCUUUUCAACAAAUCUGCAAAUGCCAAUCAGUCCAUGAACAAAUGGAACUCUUCCGCGGGCAUGGACGAUGGCGUUUACCGAACACACCACAAGGCCACUACGCCCUACGAGACCAUGAUGUACAAGAACUGGCUACCUCGAGUACUGACAGCAGUCCGCUCAUGGGAUCCGUUGAAUCCCACGCCAAUGCUUAACAUCAUGGAAAGCUGGAAAGAUCUGCUCCCACCAUUUGUCCGGGCGCAGUUGAUGGACAAUGUGGCCCGGAAGCUGGAAACGGCCGUUUCCGACUGGAACCCCAAGAAGAAGCGGCAAAGCCACCAUCUCCCACACACUUGGCUGUUUCCUUGGCUACAGUACCUUCCUCCCUAUCAUCUGGAUCCAAAGGGCACUGGUCUCGUUGCCGAUGUCAGGAGGAAGUUUAGGCACCUCAUCGACGCUUGGGAGUUUGAGAGGGGGGUUGUUCCUGGGCUGAUGCAAUGGAAAGACGUCUUGGGAGACCAGUGGCGGCCGCUCAUCAUGUCGCACGUAUUGCCAUCGAUGGGCAAGUAUCUGCGGACCAACUUCCGCGUCGACCCAGCAGAACAAGAACUGUAUCUCCCCGUUCUGGUUGGCAUCUUGAAGUGGAAUCAGGUCCUUGGCGAUGCCGUCCUGGCAGAGGUUCUGGUUCAGGACAUGUUCCCAAUGUGGAGCAGCAGAUUACAAGAAUGGCUUGCACUUGACGAAGCGGACCUUGCGGAGGUGGCAGAUUGGUACAGCUGGUGGCGAGGUGUGCUGCUGAAGGACAUGGCAGAGAUCAAGGCAGUACGGGUGGAACUCGACAGAGGACUGCACCUUGUGAAUAUGGUUUAA